UGUCACAUUUGACGUUUUGCAUAGUGAGAAGAGUGGGAGCUAACAGAGAAUUAUCUGGGUAAAGGACGCUAGAACCUCACAAGAAUUAUUCACUUGAACUGACAAACAGCAGAAAAGCAACAAUGAGUUCACAAACACCCAAUGAAGAUUCAAAAGGCUCAGUUGCCAUCAAGAAAAGAUCCAGAGUUCCCGGGGUUAUGGUAACUCAGUUUGUUGAGCAACUCCCUCUAGGAAAGGCAACUCCUGACUUUACCAGGAAACCAAUGGCUGUUACGACUCAUGAGGGUAAGAAGGUGUUCUUCAAAGCUAUGGUGAGUGGAGAGCCUGCACCAAAGGUCACAUGGAGCCGCAACAAAGGGGAGAUUAAUGAUCCAGAGAAGUACAAGACCAGAUAUGACGAAAGAACUCAGGAAUACAUCCUUGAGAUAAUCAACAUAACACUUGACCAAGCUGAUGGCUACAAGUGCUUUGCAACCAACGAGUAUGGAAAAGCUGUCUGCACAGCCACUUUGACUGUCAUUGAUGUUGGCAAUAAAAAUAAAUCUCAAGCAGAAAGUGGGCAACCAGCUCAGAAUUUUAGGUCAAUGCUAAAGAAAACUGAGGGUGUUAAGAAAAAAAAGCCCCUCCCACCAAAGAAAGAGGGAGAAAUUGAUCCUAAACUCUGGGAACUUCUUCUCACCGCAUCAAAGAAAGACUAUGAAAGAAUCUGCCUCGACUUUGGAGUGACUGACUUUCGCUGGCUGCUGAAAAAGCUGAAACAGAUGAAAACAGAGAUGGAAGAUGAACAGUCAAAGGUUGUAGAGAAACUAGACAAUGUCAAACAAAUUCAGGUGAAACCAAGUGGGAGAGCUGAAUUCAGCUUUGACAUGAAACUAGUUGACAACAACAGUGCAAUUAACGUAUACAAGGACGGGACGGGGCUUUCAUACGAUGAUGAUAAAAACUCCAAGCACAGCCUGACAAAAACAGGAAUAAACUAUGUUUUUAGCAUUAAAGAUGUGGAGCCAGCAGAUGCUGGACUGUAUCAGGUUGAUGUCGAAGACACAAACGUUUUCACAACUGACUUUCAAGUGCCAGAUGUGGAAUUUGUCGCCAAUCUUAAGAACACCAAAGUCACAGAGAGCGAAGAUGCCCUCUUUCAGUGUGUCUUGUCAUCACCACUCAACAGGAUCACCUGGUUAACAGAAGACUCCUCACUCGAUGAUGGAGAAAAAUAUCAGAUCAUUGUUUCAGAGGACAAACUAACGCACACCCUGAGAGUGAAAAACUGUCAGAUGACGGAUAAGGGGAUGUACUCUGCCAUUGUUGGUGUUACCAAAAGUAGUGCCUCUCUCACAGUGGGAGUCAAUGCAAGUAGACAGAAAGACUCAAAAUCUAAGGACCAAAGCAAAACUGAUGAAGAUUCACAACAUAUGGACAAAGAUGAACAUGCUGAGUCUGACAAAAAUGCUUUAAGUACAGGAGAUGCAACUGCAAAGGGAGGUGAGGAAUUUGGUGGCGAAGGUGCUUCAGAUGAUGGAAGUGGUGCUAGUUUUGGUGUGGGAACAAGUGAAGACCAACAUGUUGGAGAAGUUCAGAAUAAGAUCAUUUCAAGCAAUGGAGACGAUAAAAGUGCAACAGCCGACACGGGUGCGAGCAAAAAAAAGGGAGGACAACGUGAUCUUUUGGUUUCUGAUGCAGAAAAAGAUCGAGGGGUUCAGUUUGUCAGCGGGCUGUCAGAUACCAUCGCUAAUGUUGAUGAACAAGUAGAGCUGUCCUGCAAAUUAAGCAGUGAUACUUCUGAAGGAAAGUGGUAUAAGAAUGGGAAGCUGUUAACAGAUGGGGAUGGGGUAAAAAUCAUCAAAGAUGGAGCCUGCCACAGACUGAUCAUUGACUGCUGUAAAAAGGAUGAUGCUGCCGUAUAUCGCUUUGAAGCUGAAGGCCGCAAAUCUGAAGCAACACUUAAUGUUCAAGAUCCUCCAAAUCUUGAUCCUGAUGCUCUGGGAAAAUUUAAACAACCCAUCAUCAUCAAGGCUGGUGAAAAUGCUGAAUGGAAGUUGCCAUUUUCAGGUGGAGCACCAAUGACCAUACAGUGGUACAAAGAUGAUGAGGAACUUUUGCCGGCAAGUAAUGUAAAGAUCGGGACAUCCGACACAGACAGCCAACUACGUCUCACUAAGUGUCAAAGAAAAGACAGUGGACAGGUUAAAAUAAAGAUAAAGAAUGAAUUUGGAACUAAAGAAGCACUUUCAAGACUUAUUGUACUUGACAAACCAACAGCCCCACAAGGCCCUGUCGAGGUCAUGGAAAGUGCCGUAACAUCUGUUGAAUUCAAAUGGAAACCACCAAAAGACAAUGGUGGAUGCCCAGUCACUAAUUACAUCAUAGAGCGGCAACAGGUUGGGCGCAACAAAUGGUCAAAUCUUGGAGAAAUCCCUGCAAACCCAAGUUUUAAAGAUUCAGAUGUGGAUCCAGGAAGGAGAUACUGUUACCGGAUCAGAGCAAAGAAUGUAGAAGGUGUUAGUGAUUAUCUGCAGACAGAGGACAUAUCAGCUGGGGUUUUACGUUAUCCUGGAUCUCCAACAACACCCAGAGUGGUCAGUGCCUUUAAAGAUUGUAUUAACCUGUCAUGGUGUCCUCCAUGUGACACCGGAGGAACUAAAAUCAUUGGGUACAAUUUGGAAAAAAAUAAGGCGGGCACAAAUUACUGGAGCCUUGUAAACCAGAAGGGGCCGAUUACAGAUACAAUGUAUGCCGUCAAAGAUGUCUUUGAGGGAGCGGCAUACAAGUUCAGAGUUUCUGCCAUCAACCUGUCAGGUGCUGGAGAUCCCAGUAUUCCAUGUGACACUGUUAUUGCUAGAGAUCCUAUGAAACCCCCUGGCAAAGUCAGGGACCUUAAAUUAACAGACUCCAGCUACAACUCAUUUUCUUUGGCUUGGGCUAAGCCUAAGGAGGUGAAAGGAGUGGAAGACGAAGCCCAAGGGUAUUACGUGGAGAUCAGACCAAUAGAGAGUCUUGAAUGGACCCGCUGUAAUUCAGUCCCAAUAACUCUAACUUCCUACACCGUGCUGGGCCUCAAGGCCAUGGCCACAUACUGGGUGAGAAUAUUGGCCACCAAUUAUGGAGGUGAUGGAGAACCUCAGGGCUUUGACAAGUACAUCAUCGCAAUGCCGCCUCCUGUAAAACCCAGGUUUAAAGACCGCAACAUGAAGACCUUUAUGGUGGUGAGAUCUGGAAACACCGUUCGUCUCAACAUCAACUUUGAGGCUUCCCCACUCCCUGAUGUUUCUUGGGUAAAGGAUGGGGUUCCUCUGGCUAAACACGUAACAAUAACCAACUCUGACAAAGGUUCCCAAUUACUGAUUCCCACGUCUGAGAGGUCUGACAGCGGCAUCUACACCAUCACUGUGAAGAACAUUGUUGGGCAGGAAAGUUUUAAUGUUGAAAUCAGAGUGACAGACAAUCCCAAGCCUCCAGGACCGCUGGAGUUGGACCAGAAGACACCAGGAACAGUAACCCUCAGCUGGGGCUCGUCUCCAGACGAAAAGAGAGAUGACAGACUGCAUUACAUGGUCUCCAAGCGGGACUCCUUUAAACCUACCUGGAGGACAGUGGCAGACAACCUCUUUAAUAACAAGUUCACAGUAGUUAACAUCAUUGCUGGACGGGAGUAUUACUUCAGAGUGUUUGCAAAGAACGACAUGGGCCUGUCGCCACCGUCUGUGUCCCCUGUGUUUGCUGUUAGAAAGGAAAAAGGCACGUUCAAGGUAAAUAUGCCUCAGAGUAAAUCUGUGAACUUGGAAUCACCUCCAUCGUUUCUUGUCCCCCUGAAGAGGCGAACAGCUCCUCUGGGCUACGAAUGCCACAUGAGCUGUGCUGUGAAGGGGGAUCCCACUCCACGUGUGACAUGGUAUCACGAAAAUAUCAGCCUCAACACGAACACCAACUACCACAUCACAAAUGUAUGUGGAGUCUGCUCCUUGUUUAUUCUGCAAGUGGGACCAAAAGACAAUGGAGAAUACAAAGUAGUCCUAGAAAACAAACUGGGGAUGGCAGAGUCCUCCAUGACCCUGAAUGUUAGAGAGUAAAGAGGGGGAGCACUGCAGAAGCUGAAGGGGAACCGGAACUGUAACUUUCUAAGACAUAUAUUCCUGAAAAACAGAUUCAGUCAAAGAUGUUCCUGUAAUAAAAAAAUUCAAAACAGUAAAAA